AUGCCCCCCGUCCUUACGACUGUGCAUCGUCUUACGGCAGACAACCGACGAGUUUUUAGCGAAACCGUGCCCAUUGCGCCCACCUCCCCCGUCAAACGGGCCCGCUUGGAGCAUAUGGAACGUCAAAAAGCUGCUGUGGAUUUGUCAAACGCGGAUGACCCAGAGCGAUACGAGAUGGGGUUAGAAGACGUGGAGGAGGACUUUGGUUUCGAGACAGCAACUUCUCGUCUCACCCAGCCUGCUGACAAGGCAAUGCAUCAUUGGGCUGAGAACCAACGCGACGUGUAUCUCCAGGCGCUGUUAUGGAGAGAGGGGCGGGGGGACGCCGACCAAGAUGUGUGCUCCAAAUGCAAGAAGGUUGACUCGGCCAUUUACCGCUGCCGAACAUGCCACGACGUGUCUUUGCUUUGCGGCUUAUGUUGCGUGGAAACACAUCGAGCCAACCCUUUGCAUCAUAUCGAGCAAUGGACCGGCGUCUAUUUCAAGAAGACUAGCCUGCGCGACCUUGGAUUGCGGAUUCAGUUUUCCCAUCCGUUGGGGCAGAAAUGUUCUUUGCCGCGACCUGGACGGCCCGACUUCGUGGUCUUAGCGGAUAAUGGCUUCCACGACGUGGCUGUCGAUUUCUGUGGAUGUGUCGCCAAUGAGCCGCAUUAUAUCCAGCUGCUAAAGGCGGGGUGGUACCCAUCGACGAGCGAUGCUCCGCGAACUUGCGCCACCUUUGCAUGCUUGGACACGUUCCAUUACCAAACCCUCCAUGGAAAGACCACAGCUUACGACUACUACGCCACAUUGGAGUCGUUAACUGACGGCACCGGUAUCAAACCUCCUCAACGCUAUUCAAGUUUCCUGCGAAUGGCUCGUCAAUACCGACAUCUGCUUUUGCUGAAGAGAGGAGGCCGUGGCCACGACCAGUAUGGGGUCAUGGGAACAGCACCUGGUGAACUGGCCAUUCGCUGUCCGGCAUGUCCACGCCCUGGCGUUAACCUGCCAGAAGGAUGGGAACAGGCUCCCCCAGAGGAUCGGCAAGUCCGUUUUCCCUAA